UCAGGCUGAACUGCAUUUCUUAUUUUAAGCUGAUCAGGAAGAGGGCUGCCAAAGUAGUUUCUCAUUUAAGUAGCCGUCUUUCAAACAGAUUAACCCAUUCCAUUAUCCUUGUGUAGAAGAUGUGGAGUAACUACCGACUAGUUUUAGGGUAGAGAUGGUUAGCUUUGGUAACGAUAUCUCAAUUCUUGGGCUGUACUGUAAAGUCAGCUAGUUAACUUCUCUAGCUGUGAUUCCCAUUCAUUCAAAUGGCUCUGUUUUGUUAAACGCUUUCAUGCUCGAGUGUAAACAAAAGGAUUUGAUUGAGCACCAAAAGGCUUUCACAUGCAGCCAUGAAGGUGGUGACGUUCUUUAUUGUGGGCCUGCUGGUCCACGUCGUGUUUUUCAUCUCCAUCUUCGACAUCUACUUCACGUCUCCGCUGGUGCACGGAAUGACCCCGCAGCACGUCCCCCUGCCCCCUCCAGCCAAGCGACUCGUCCUGUUUGUGGCAGAUGGCCUGAGAGCAGACAGCUUUUACAAGCCUGAUGUCAAUGGGACCAUCAGGGCACCUUUCUUAAGGAACAUAAUUGAGGAAAAAGGCACUUGGGGGAUCUCCCACACGCACGUGCCAACUGAAUCCCGCCCAGGCCAUGUUGCCAUGAUCGCAGGCUUUUAUGAGGAUGUCAGUGCUGUGGCCAAAGGCUGGAAAGAGAACCCAGUGGAGUUUGACUCGGUGUUCAAUGAGAGUAAGCACACCUGGUGCUGGGGAAGUCCUGAUAUUUUGCCAAUGUUUGCCAAAGGCGCGAGUGGGGACCAUGUCUACACACAUACGUAUCCUGCAGAGAGCGAAGACUUCGCCUCCAAGGAUGCCUCCAGACUGGACACUUGGGUCUUUGAUGAAGUAAAGGCUUUUUUCAGCUCUGCCAAAGGAAAUGAAAGCUUGCUGUCCAGACUGCACGAGGAGAAGAAUGUCUUCUUCCUGCACCUGCUCGGGAUCGACACCAACGGCCACGCCCACAGGCCCAUGUCCAGAGAAUAUUUGGAGAACAUUAUGCUUGUUGAUGACGGGGUGUCUGAAGUUGUGUCCCUGAUGGAGGACUUCUUUGGAAACGAUGGACAAACAGCAUAUGUGUUCACAUCUGACCACGGCAUGACCAACUGGGGGUCCCAUGGUGCAGGCCAUGCGUCUGAGACGUUGACCCCUCUGGUGGCGUGGGGUGCAGGGGUGCAGUCUGCACAGAGGGCCACCACACACCCCUACGAUGACCAGUACCAGCAAGAAUGGAAGCUGGACACAUUAAGAAGAGUGGACGUCAAUCAGGCAGAUAUAGCGCCCCUGAUGUCAUCACUCAUCGGGGUCCCCAUCCCCCUCAAUUCUGUUGGUGUACUGCCUUUAAACUUCCUCAACAACAGUCAGCACUUCAAGGCAGAAAGCAUGUAUGCCAAUUCCAUUCAGAUACUGGAACAGUUCAAGGUCAAGAUGGCCCAGAAGAAGGAGACCACUCUACCCUUCCUGUUUACUCCAUUCCCGCAUUUGACUGAGUCGAAGCAGCAAGACUUUUUGCGACAUGCCAAAUCACUGAUUCACAGAGGCCUGUACGAUGAAGCGAUCCUGGUGUGUGUGCAGAUGAUCACGCAGGCGAUGGAGGGGCUGUCCUACUACCACACGUACGACCGCUUCUUCCUGGGCUGCAGUGUGGUGUUGGGCUUCAUGGGCUGGACCUCCUACGUGGUGCUGAUCAUCCUCAAGACCCACGCCAGCCUGCGCAAACCACCCGGCAACAGAGACCUGAUGUCUGAGCGGGGCCUUGGGCGAGCGUUUAUCUGCGUGGGUCUGGUCAUCACGGCCUUCCUGCUGGUCCAGGCGAGUCCCUUCACCUACUACAUCUACUGCCUGCUGCCCGUGCCUGUGUGGUACUCUGUGCUCAAAGAGAUCGGAACUCUCUUAGACCUGGUGCAGUCCGCUCCCUCUCUGCCUCUGUCCAAGUGUUUUGGGUAUUUUGUGCUGGUUACAUUCGGGAUUGAAUUGCUGGUGUUGAGCUUUUUCUACCGAGCUGUCCUGAGCUUUGGGCUCCUGGUGUUGGCCCUCUGGCCACUGGUGUCUGGCCUGUACUCCAAAGCUAAGACGAGAUGUGUGACCUGGGUCCUCAGCUGUCUGUGUCUGGCCAUGUUUCCUCUCAUGCCCGUGGUGGGGCGCGAGUCAAACGUCCAUCUUGUGACGUGCGCUGCGGCUCUCACACUCUUCAACACACUCUCCUACCUGGUCUCCACCCGACGCCUGUCGCCGCUCCCUCAGAAGGACAAGACGCUCUUCGCAUGCCAGAUGGUCCAUGUGGUGCUGUGUGCGUAUGUCCUGACCAGCACACACUCCAGUCUCCAGCUGAAGCAGGGGCUGCCUCUGUUCAACCAGCUGGUCAGCUGGACCACACUAGGGGUGUCUCUGUUGGUGCCUCUGCUGAGCUCCACGCGUCUGUUCCAUCGGCUCAUGAGCAUCCUGCUCUCCCUGGUGCCCACCUACCUGCUGCUGAGUACUGGAUAUGAAGCUCUGUUUCCCCCAGUGCUGUCGUGGCUCAUGUUUGUGUGGAUCAACAUCGAACAGGAAGCCAUGAGUGCGGGGACGUUCAGCAAGACUGAGCUCUUCAGAAUCGACUUCUCAGAAAACAUCGACAUCACCAAGAUUAGACAGCUUAAACUGGACGAUAUCAGAAGAUCCUACUUUUUUGUGUUUUUCAUCAUCACAGCCUUCUUUGGAACGGGCAACAUUGCCUCGAUAAACAGCUUUGACCCAGCGUCUGUGUACUGCUUUCUCACUGUGUUCAACCCCUUUGUCAUGGGAGGCCUCAUGAUGUGGAAGGUUUUGAUUCCAUUUGUGAUCGUAAUGUGUACAUUUGAAAGCAUUCAGGUGUCAACUCAGCUUUCCUCUAGAAGCUUGUUCUUACUUGUGCUGGUCAUCUCCGACAUGAUGGCUUUGCACUUCUUUUUCCUGGUGAAGGAUUAUGGAAGUUGGCUUGACAUUGGCACCAGUAUCAGUCACUACGUGAUUGUGAUGUCCAUGACUAUUUUCCUGAUGCUGCUGAGUAUCAUGACGCACGUCCUGACCUCCAAGAGAGUGUUUAUGGGGAAGAAGAUGAAGGUGCACUUCAAAUGAGUUUACUAGCGCUUGCUGUCUACCAGAGUUUACACGCACACACUGUCUGUGGGCUACGGCCCGGCGCUAACACUGCUACAUGGUGGCGGCUAGCCGGCAGAGACGCACAGUUCACUAGCGUGGUGCGAAGGCGGAAACGGCUCUAUUCUGAGCAGGCACCCAAGGGACGGUGGGGCUCUGAGGUGUUGGCAAGGCACAUUUCCAAAGAGAACGUCUCUACUAGGCCUGUAGGCACUGUAUGUCUGUAUAGAUGAGUUGUAUUCAUCUAGCCCUAGCCGUUGAAAGCCUUUUAAUUUAUUGUGUUAUUGUAGAGGGAUUUCCAUAGUGGGAUUUGUAUUUUGAUUACAUGAUUAGGUAUUGUGAUGUAUUUGUACUGGCAACUGAGGGAAAAAAUAUAAAUUAAUUUUGCACUGUAUUGUGAAAUAUGUUACGUCAAAGCUACUAUUGAAAAGGUGUUAAACAGUUAUACAGUUAGUUCCAUAUGACUUAAAGGAUGAGGGUAAAACUACUGGACAGUUCGCCUGAAGGGCAGUUAAGGCCUUACUUGAUAACAGUGAUUUCACAUUGUUGUAUUGAGGACCCUGAAUGUGUUAUGUCAAUAAAAUCAUUGGAUUGUA